AUGGCGAAUUUUGGUCAAAUUCUCUCUAUUUAUCUGUUACUGCGGUACGCACGUACAUGUAGUUCUCAGCAAUCAAGUGCUUGGUUCAAAUUGACGGUGUCAGGUAUGUAUAGCGUGUAUCAAAAACAAGUGAUUCGAGUGUCGAGUUUGUAAAUUUUUUUUAUCAAAGAUAGCCAAUAAGAUAAAGUAUUUAGCUGUACAUGUCAAAUGAUAACAAAGUGACACUCAAAAUAUCAACGAAAAUUGCAUAUGAUUCAUUUUGGCUGUUGUUGGCGCUCGGUUUCCAAUGGUCUUGGUCAAUCAACAAGUUACGAAAUACAGAAAUUUUAGAACCGACAGGCGUUCCUUUGGAAGUCUGGGACUGCACGCAGGCUAAGAACCGACCGGUAUGGGUCAUUAUGAGGGGUAUACUAUAGUUAGAUACCAGUGCGGAUAUACUUCUUGAUAUGAAUGCGCUGGCAUAAUGCCUACUUGGUCGUAAAAAGUUCAAUGAUGCCUUUAAGACACUGAAUUCAGGCAAAUAUACCUUCAUGUCUGCAAGAGUUCUUUUCUUUUCGUACAAUAUAAGGAACUGUGAAUUGAAAAAAAAAAUUACCUAAGCCAAGCUAUUGCAGAACAGUGCUCUUCAAGAUAUAUAGGAAAGCGCUUACAGUUUUCAUUAUCACAUUUUAGUAAAGUUAUUGAUGAGCAUUAUAAGACUGAAUUUGAUCUGACGCCAGUCGUCUUGUAAACCAGUUGUAUAGAUCUUUUCAUGAACUUCUAUUUAAUUAUUUUUUAUUCCUAGAUUAUUGAUAUCAUAUAUGCACGUAUACUGAAGAUUUUACCAUGCAUGUUUAAAUAAAAUUGGACUGUAUAUACUGUGUUGAACAAAAGCAGAAAUUUCCAGGUGUUUCCCCUUCCCUGGCAGGGUUUAUGUGUCCUUUCUGCUAAUUUUUAAGUGAAAUGAGAACUUAUUAAAUUGACUAUUGGCCACAUGCAUAUGUUCUGGAGAAGAUAACCAUGCGUGCCUAUAUAUACUAGGAAUUCUCAUUAAAAAAUCCCUUUUUUAGUACAUCAGUCGAUCUAAUAUUAAUUAUAAUAAUUGAUUAUAUUAUUAUAAUUAAUAUUAUUAAUUAUAAUAAUUGAAACUUCUGUUAAUUAAAGCUAGCAUGAACAUAAAUACAAAAUAUAAGGCAGGUUUUUUUAACACUCUGUAUAUAUAAUAUAGAUUCUUUCUCCUCAAGAAAUUCAAUACAAAGAGCGCGUAUAGUAUAUACAGGGUGUAUCAAAAAAAACUGAACAGAUUUGAAAUUGCUGUCAAUUUCGCAAAACACCUAUUUGUAUCCGGUUUUUUAUAUAUAUAGCUUCUUUGGGUACUUAUAAUGUAGAAUAAUGAAAAAAAAUUCUCAAAUUCAAAUUUUGUGAACCAGGGGGGGGAUGUCUUUUCCAACAAACUAAAACUGGCUCGCGCACAAAAUUUAAAAGUUUUAGUCAUAGUUUGAGUUAAUAGAUGGAAACUUUGUUGGGUUUUUAAUUACUGUACAAAAUUUCAGACGAUUUGGGUUAGUUUAAGCCCUUUAACUAUUCAUUUUAUUCUAAAAAAUCAGCCUUUCCCAUGCUUAAUUAAUGCAUUUACCUAAUUUGCAUAUUGCUAACAUAUGCAAAUUAGGCAAACGCAUAAUUAAGCAUGCAAAUAACUGAUUUUUAGGAAAAAUGUAACUUUGCGUGAAUAGUUAAAGGGCUUAAACUAAACCAAAUUGUCUGAAAUUUUGCACAGUAAUUACAAAUCCGACAAAUUUUCCAUCUAUUAACUCAAAAUAUGAUUACAACUUUUAAAUUUUGUGCGCGAGCCAUUUUUAGUUUGUUGGAAAAGACACACCCCCCUGGUUCGCAAAAUUUGAGUUCAAGAAAUUUUUUUCAUUAUUCUACAUUAUAAGUACCCAAAGAAGCUAUAUAUAUAAAAAACUGAUACAAAUAGGUGUUUUGCGAAAUUGAGAGCAAUUUCAAAUCUGUUCAGUUUUUUUUGAUACACCCUGUAUAUAUACAGUAUUUGAUAUUUUCAUUGAAUUCUGGCAGGUCAUCGCUUAACUGGUCAUGUAAUCAAUGAACUUAAUACUUAUCUCGUGGAAUGCUGUCUAUACUGUCUCAGAAAGUCUUCUGACUGUAAAUCAAGCAACUUCAAAACAACAAAACAUCAACCUCAUUCAAAAAGCUGUCAACCCAUCAACGCUAUGAAAACAACUCAUCCUCAGAAUUUACUGGCUGAUAAAAACUACGAUAAUUAUGAACUUCUUGCUCUGAAAAAGGUAUUCUGUAUAGAUUUCCCGUGAACAUUGAGAAAUACUGUAUUACCAUUAGACUAUAAAAAUUAAACCAGAAUUUGUAACUAUAAGAUCGUUAUUCUAAUCUGAUAUAAUAUAAAAUAUCUCAAAAACUAAUUAAAUUCGUUUUUUAUUUGCAGAAAAUAGAAAAACAAACACCGGUAAAAUAUGGUAAGAUGACUUGAACCAAAUUUUUGUUAACAAACAUGUGCAGCUCGAGUAGUCGUGUGAGGCCAGGUUAAGGUUUGGUUGACGUUAGACUGAGGAUAUGUUGGAGUUAAACGGAGGUUAGGUGGAGGUUAGGUUGAGUUCAGUAAAGAUUUGUUAAUUUACUUUUUCUUUCAGCGAAAAGUUGUGAUGACCUGUACAAAUCAGGCAAGACAACCAUCGGGGUGUAUACAAUCGACCCGGAUGGCUUGGGAGCUUUUUCUGUUCGUUGUGAUAUGGAAAGCACUCCAGGGAGGGGCUGGACUAUAUUCCAAAGAUGUGUAGAUGGCUCUGAGGACUUUUACAGAAACUGGACUGACUGCAAAACUGGAUUUGGCAAUUUGUCUGGUGAAUUUUGGCUCGGUUUGGACAAGAUUCAUCGUCUCUCAGUCGCUGUCCAGAAUGUACUGAGAGUUGAUCUCGAACGUUUUGAGAACGAGACAGCUUAUGCAGUCUAUGAAUCAUUUUCUGUUGGAAACGAAAGCGAAGCUUACAUUUUGAAUGUUGCUAACUACUCAGGUAAUGAUAAAUAUUAAAUUAUAAAUUCUUUCGAUGCUUAUAAUGUGAAAUAUAUGUAAAUCUCAAACUUGUUCAUCAUUCAUGAGCAAAAUACAAAGGAAGCUAAUACCAUAUCGUUGAAUUUAUCUUUUAAUACAAUUCCGUUAAUAUAAGGAAUAACGUAACAAAGUCAAGGUUAAAAUGCUGAACACAUUUUACUUCAUUUUACUACUUCAUUUUGAUCUGAUGCCGAUUGGGGCUUUGGGAUUCUUGGUUUGUAUAUUUUACGUCUUUAUUGACGUAAAAUAUAUAUCUAUAUAUUUGUUUUAUAAAUCUCAACGAAUUAAUUGCAAACCACAGAAUCGUAUGUUUUAUGUGAUAUUAAAUAGCAAAAUUUUAGUUUUAAAGGUAAGAGCAGGAAAUAUUAAAACGCACCUGCAUGGGCUCUGUGAGGUAUAUUUGAUGACUUGAUUGCCUGAAAUAUUCAUGAAUUAUUAAUAAUUUGUGAAUUUUUGUCAAAUGUUCACUUCACAGGUACGGCAGGAGAUUCUUAAACAGGCGAUCACAAUGGAAUGAAAUUCACCACUCGAGACGUAGACAAUGAUCUGUCGUCGUCUGCAAACUGUGCUCAGUACCGGAAUGGUGCCUGGUGGUUUAGAAUAUGUAUUGAUUCACACUUGAAUGGCGAAUAUCUGGGAGAAUCUCACGGCAAGUAUGGUGAAGGUUGUAACUGGUAUUCGUUUAAAGGAACUUAUUAUUCUUUAAAGGCCAAUGAAUUGAAAGUAGGACGUGAUAAUGUUUGAAACGUUCGUUUUAUUAUAGAACGUUUUGAAGACUUCGCAAAAUU